AUGAAAGACAUAUUAAGAUUUGGAUUAUUAUUCUUCCUCCUAAAUGUCAUAUACACCCUGUCAGUUCACGAGAAAAAUGAAACUAAGUCAGGAAGACAACGGAGGAUUGUUGGAGGUGAAAUUGCUAAUGAUGGAGAAUUUCCAUAUAUGGUAGCAAUAUUCAGGAAAAAUAGCUGUUGUGGAGGUUUUACAUUAAUAACAACACAAACAGUACUUGGAUCAGCUCAUCCUAUAGAAGGAGUUGAUAUUCGAGAUUUAUCUGGAAGAGUCGGUAACGUUAAUAAAUUCAAAGGACAUAAAAUAUUGUUUGAUAGAAAAAUUUUGCAUCCAUCAUAUAAUGGAACAAGAUUUCUUCACGAUAUCGCUAUUUUGCUUCUUAAUUGUCCUAUUCAAAAUUUAUUAAAUGUUCAACCAACAGCUUUAGCUGGAAUAAAUCAGCGAUUCACUUCUGGUAAUGCCAUUGUUAUCGGUUGGGGGAGAACUGGACCAGGUGAAGAACACAGAAAUGCAUUUCUCCGCUGGGCAGAAGUAAAUUUAGUGGAUCCAAAAGAUGGAUGGAUAACUAAUCCUCGUUAUAAAAUAACUGGAAAAGAAAUAAUGACAGUAACACCUGGAGUAGCUUCAAUGAGGGGUGAUUCUGGUUCACCGUUGAUAAUUAAAGAUAAUUCGGGUCAACACGUUGUUAUUGGCGUCUCGAGUGGAGGUCACAAUGCUGUUAAUAAAGCUGAUGUUUACAUGUCAACUAGUGUUUAUCACGAUUUCAUAGCCAACAACAGUCGUGGAGUUCUUGUAUAUCAUGUUUUAAUUUAA